UGACCUUUGACCUGCCGGCCGCCUUUGAGCCGGGGCCGUGGGGCCAGGAAGCCGGAGCCCGAUCACCGCAGGCAAAGCGGCCACCAUGGCCAAGUACCUGGCUCAGAUCAUUGUGAUGGGGGCGCAAGUUGUGGGCAGGGCCUUUGCUCGGGCCUUGCGGCAGGAGUUUGCAGCCAGCAGGGCAGCAGCUGAUGCUCGGGGACGCACUGGACACCAGUCUGCAGCUGCUUCCAACCUCUCUGGCCUCAGCCUCCAGGAGGCACAGCAGAUUCUCAAUGUCUCCAAGCUGAGCCCCAGGGAGAUCCAGAAGAACUAUGAACACUUAUUUAAGGUGAACGAUAAAUCCGUGGGUGGCUCCUUCUACCUGCAGUCAAAGGUGGUCCGAGCGAAGGAGCGCCUGGAUGAGGAACUCAGAAUCCUGGCCCAGGAGGACAGAGAUGAGGGGCAGAUGCCCAAAACAUGACUGCUCGGUUCCCCCUGCCCCGCCGCCUCUAAUUUAUAGCUCGGUAAUAAAUAAAACAAAUGUCUUUCA